UUUCAAGUGAGUUACAAACUCCGCCCCGGAGCCCGGUGCCGGUGGCCCAUCACAGUUGGACAGCUCCGACCCGCAAGAGUGAAGGCCGAGACCUUCCACCCCAGCCAGGGACCGCAGCGGCAGCCGGCGACGGCCGAACGCCUGGUUCUCCGCGGCGGGAAGUGCGGGUCCGAGCCCCAACUGCCCGGCCGCGCGGGCCGGAGGAGCGCGCCCGCCCGCCGCUUGCCCGCACCGCUCCCAAGUCGGUUUCCUCCCUGCCAGGCGGCCUCCCCCAGUCCGCCGUUCCCCGGGGACCUCCUGGGGGGACUCCAGGCUCCCCGACCUGCGGGGUCGGAGUUGGGGCGGCGGGCUCCGCCUUUGCCAAGGGACAGGGGACCUCCGCUAAGGCUCCCUCACUGGGCCCCUGCGUGAACGUCCCUCCAGGCGUCUUCUUGGGGUUCUCCCCUCGUCCCCAAGGCUAUUACGAUGGUGUCCUGGAUGAUCUGUCGCCUGGUGGUGUUGGUGUUUGGGAUGCUGUAUCCAGCUUAUGCUUCGUACAAGGCUGUGAAAACCAAGAACAUUCGUGAAUAUGUCCGGUGGAUGAUGUACUGGAUCAUUUUUGCAAUCUUCAUGGCAGCAGAGACUUUCACAGAUGUCUUUAUCUCCUGGUUCCCUUUUUACUAUGAGAUCAAGAUGGCCUUUGUGCUGUGGCUGCUCUCACCCUAUACCAAGGGGGCCAGCCUGCUUUACCGGAAGUUUGUCCACCCAUCCCUGUCCCGACAUGAGAAGGAGAUCGACACAUACAUUGUGCAGGCCAAAGAGCGAAGCUACGAGACGGUGCUCAGCUUUGGGAAGCGGGGUCUCAACAUUGCCGCCUCAGCUGCUGUGCAGGCUGCCACCAAGAGUCAGGGUGCACUGGCUGGCAGACUGCGGAGCUUCUCCAUGCAGGACCUGCGCUCCAUCCCUGACACCCCUGCUCCCAACUACCAAGAUCCUCUCUACCUGGAGGACCAAGUACCACGCAGGAGGCCGCCCAUUGGAUACCGGGCAGGAGGCCUGCAGGACAGUGACACAGAGGAUGGAUGUUGGUCAGAUACUGAGGCAACCCCCCAGCCACCUGCCCGGCCCCGAGAGAAGCCUCUGAGUCGCAGCCAGAGCCUACGGGUGGUCAAGAGGAAGCCACCAGUGCGAGAGGCCACCUCUCGCUCCCUGAAGGUUCGGACUCGGAAAAAGAUGGUGCCUUCAGACAUGGACAGCUAGGGUCUGCAGAGUAGGCUGCCUUACCUCAUGCCUGCAGGGCACCACGGACUGUCUCCAGGGGACUUUGGCUACACAUCUGGCCUGCCUGCAUCAUUGGUCUGGAUUCCACCCCUCCUGGCUCCUGUAAUUGCUUGAGGACCAGGGCAGAUGCUGUGGGGCCUAUGCAGGGAUGCACCCACAAUGCACCAGAGCAGACUAGUUCCAGGGCCCUAUUGCCUUCCUCAGCCCUUUGCCCUCCCAGGUGUAGGACCAGAGGUCCUGAACUCCUGCAGAUGAAACCAAAGUCCACUUAGCUGUGAUCAUUCCCUCCUUUUAAGUACUUGAUAGCCUUUUCCAAGGCCUGGUGUGUGUGUUCUGGCUGUGUCUUAUAUUGGUGAAUGUCGU